AUGUGGCAAAAUCAGCCGAGUCAUUCUUCUUACAGUGAUUCUGUCGAAGCUCUUGAAAAUGAUAUACAGCAUGCUAAUACCUUGGCAUCGGCACUUCCAAGAGAUUAUGAUGGGAACUAUUUUCAGAUGAAAUUAUCUUACAGCCCCUUUGCACCUCUUUUCUUGUACUUGAUUAAAUGGUUGGAUUUUAGUUGUACAGAUACUUUACCUGUGUAUUUGGGCUUACUCCACAUACUCAUUUUCAAUGUAUAUGCUGAUGGAAUACCAUCUAUUUCCUCAAAUGAAAGGAAAGCAACUAUAAAGGAAUUUUAUGCUGUUAUAUACCCUUCAUUAAGGUUACUUCAAGGCGAGUUUAACAAUGAUCGAAGAAACAGUUAUGCAGAAGAAAGCAGAAAGAGGCUUGAAAAGGUUCUCAAUGAAGAUUUAGAGAGAGAUGAAGAAUGUGGCAUAUGCAUGGAAAACAACAUGAACAUGGUUCUACCUAAUUGUGGACAUUCCCUCUGCAUUAGCUGCUUCCAUGAUUGGUAUAUGAGAUCAGAGUCAUGCCCAUUUUGCCGUGGAAGCCUGAGGAUGAUCACUCCGACAGAUUUAUGGGUGGUCAUUGGCAACAGUGAUGUGGUUGACAGGAUCACCAUUGCAAAGGACAAUUUAAGACGUUUCUACCUUUUCAUUCAGACUCUGCCUCCAAUCUUACCAGAACCACAUCUAUUUUAUACCUUCAAUUACAUGCUAUAA